GGAAAACAAAACAUAAUAGCCGGAUGAUUGUAUCAUGUAGAUUAAUAAAAAAACAUCCGAAACGUUUCUGGAAGUUCAGUCGUUGAGAGUUACAUUUAAAAGUUAUGCUUAAGUAGUACGACACGAUGCAAAACAACAGAAUGAACGAUAAGAUUUCAUUUUCUUUCAACUCCAGCCGAUCGUCGUCAUCUAGUCGAUCAGCAGCUAUACCUCCACCGCCAAACAGUGGUUUAAGUAAACAAGGUUACUCUACUUUAAACGCUAUAAACCAUUCAGCUAUUACCUCAGCAUGGGGCGUUCCAAAAAAGCGUGCGAAAACAGAAGAAGAAUACUUUGAAGAAGAAGAUGAACAACGACACUCGCAACUCGAUUAUAUCCCAGCGCCCGAUAGCCCUUCAAAUAAGAAGUCUGAUUGUGAUUCAGAUUCAUCAGAAGACCCAUUGGACGCAUUUAUGGAAGGCUUGGAAAAAGAGGUCAAAAAAGAGAAAAACACCUAUAAAAAGAAAGGUCCGGAAGAAGAAAAAGGUAUACGACAAGAUAUAGAAGAUGAAGACAUUGAAGAGUCCUAUUAUAGGUACAUGGAAGAAAAUCCAACAGCUGGUCUCGUUGACGAAACAUCAGAUAUUGAAAUUGAUUACGAUGAAGAUGGUAAUCCAAUAGCGCCACCAAAGAGAAAAGAAAUAGAUCCAUUGCCUCCUGUAGAUCAUUCAUUAAUAGAAUAUAAAAGUUUUGAAAAGAAUUUCUAUACCCCACACGUUGAGAUAUCAUCAUUAACUGUUGACAAAGUUAUAAAUCUACGCAAAACACUUGGAUUGCGAGUUAACGGAGCCGAUUUACCUUACCCGGUUACGUCUUUUGCACAUUUUAAUUUUGAUGAAGCCUUAAUAAAAGCUAUUCGUAAAUCCGAUUACACACAACCUACACCUAUUCAAGCUCAAGCCGUACCAGUUGCUCUUGCUGGAAGAGAUUUGAUUGGCAUUGCAAAAACCGGUAGUGGUAAAACAUUGGCAUUCAUAUGGCCUAUGUUAAUCCACAUAAUGGAUCAACCCGAGUUGAGGGACGGCGAAGGACCCAUCGGUUUGAUAUUAGCUCCCACGCGAGAGCUAUCGCAACAAAUUUAUGCAGAGGUGAAGAAAUUUGGGAAAACUUAUAAUCUCCGAGUUGUUUGUUGUUACGGUGGUGGCUCAAAGUGGGAACAGUCAAAGGCUCUUGAAGAUGGGGCCGAAAUAAUUGUCGGUACUCCGGGAAGAGUGAUUGACUUGGUCAAAAUGAACGCAACAAAUUUGACUCGAGUAACGUACCUCGUAUUAGACGAAGCAGAUAGAAUGUUUAACAUGGGAUUUGAACCUCAGGUCCGUUCAAUAUGUGAUCAUGUGAGACCGGACAGGCAGACAUUAUUGUUUUCUGCUACAUUCAAAAAAAGGAUCGAAAAACUAGCUCGCGACAUACUAACUGAUCCGAUACGCAUUGUUCAAGGAGAUGUCGGCGAAGCUAAUACUGACGUUACACAAGUCAUGUUAGUGAUGUCUCAAAAUGACAAAUGUCAAUGGCUCUUAGAUAACAUAGUUCAGUUUCAGUCGUCUGGAUCAAUUCUUAUAUUCGUCACUAAAAAAUUAGAAGCCGAACAGCUCGCUAAUACAUUAAGUGUAAAGGAGUACGCAGUUCUCCUUUUACAUGGUGACAUGGAUCAGGCUGAGAGAAAUAAAGUGAUAACUAAAUUCAAAAAACAAGAAGUAAAUAUUAUGGUAGCAACUGACGUAGCUGCACGAGGUCUAGAUAUCGCUCAUAUUAGAACUGUUAUCAAUUAUGACAUAGCUCGAGAUAUUGACACACAUACCCAUCGUAUUGGAAGAACAGGCCGAGCCGGGGAAAAAGGUAAUGCAUUCACUCUUGUGACACCCAAAGAUUUUGAAUUUGCCGGGCAUUUAGUCAGAAGUCUCGAAGGCGUUGGCCAAGAAGUUCCCAAGCCACUUUUGGAUCUUGCUAUGCAGAGCUCUUGGUUUAGAAAAAGUCGAUUUAAAGGUGGUAAAGGAAAAUCUGUAAACACCGGUGGUGCCGGACUUGGUUAUAGAGAGUCGUCUGGAUCCAAUAAUUAUGCAGCGUCCAGUUCUUAUCAAUGUCCAAAACCAACAACUACUCCAAAAGCUGCUGGGCCCGGAGCUGGUAGAUUGUCAGCUUUAAAAGAAGCAUUCAAAAUGCAGUAUCAAAGCCAGUUUAAAGCCAGUGAAGAUCACACUUGGGAGCAAACAGUUGGAUCUAGUCCAACAGCAUCUGUGAAAGUACACACAGGUCCGCUAAAAGAACGAAAAGCUAAAAAGAAUCGCUGGGAUAAUUAAUAAACCAAAUAUAGGUGUAUGUAUAUUUUUCAAUCAUGUUUAACCUAUACUUCAAGACUAUUAUAAUAUUUUCAAGUCCUAAUUUUAAAAGAAACUACUCUUAUAUUUUUC